AUGGCUGAUCAACAUUCUUCACAUGAAUCUAAUACACCACAUGGUGAUUCAUUACAGAAUCAACCGAAUACAACUGUUAGUAUUAGAACAUUACUUGAACAAAACAACAUGUUGCGUAAUGAUAAUACAAACUUACAUCAACAAGUACAACACUUAGUGCUACAAUUAAAUCAACAACAAAUUGAUUCUGAUCGACGACUUCAAGAAACUUUGUUCAAUUUAUCAGAAUCAAAUAGAAUGUUAACAAUUGAACUUAAUCAAAUAAAAAAAGAAAUUUUUAAUUUAACCGGAGAAAAUAAUCGUGUCAUACAGGAAAAUACAUAUUUAAAGGAACAAAUUGAUGAUCUUAAACAAGAAAAUGUGUGUUUAAAUAAACAGGGUGUGGGUAUGGGUGUGAGCGUGGAUGUUCUUUACUUACACUACCCACCCACCCUCACCCACACCCACACCCACCUACAAGCCACCCUCACCCACGCACCCACCCACACCCACACCCACCCCAAUUCGGAACCACUUAGCGGUAUAACUGUGCCUAUUUCUGCAUAGCAUAAUGCACCUGUAAUAAAUAUGUGUAUUUAAUAAAAAAAAUUAGCUCUUUGAACUCAUAAUCUUGCCUAGCAUAGACACGACACCACAUAAUACCCAUAUUACUAAACAUAAUCCGACUGAUUGUGUCUGUAUUAGAACACCUUUUGGAGAAACAAAUAUUACCCGAGCCUAACAUAGAAAAUGUUUCAAACAAAAAUAGACUGAAAUCAACAUAUCUUACUCACCAAUGAUCAUGCCAAGUAUAAAUGAGAUUCUGGAAAAUAAUCCAAGAUGUCGUUUAAGUGUUUUCUUUUCGAUAAACAAUACUUCAUUUUUGCCUGAGUUAACGUCUUCAAUUGGUCUACUAGUUGAAUCUAUUCGUCGUUCUUUAAUAGAUGUUAAAUCUGCAUGAGCAUUAGGAGAAGUAGGUUCGACACGAUUUGUAUAAAGGCAAUAGAGACAAAAAAAUAAUAGAAAUAAAAACAACGCUUUUUUGAAUCAUGACUUCUACAACGUCUUUAUAAUUACCGGGACAAACAUAUCGUUGCUAUUGUUGACUAUUUCUAUGCGUAUUAUUCCUCAAAUAUAACCGAGAUUCGAAGUCAGUUCUUCUUUAAAUCUUACUUUAUAAAUAUCCAGGUAAGCAAUAAAGAUAUGAAGAAAUAUUCUUGUUUUGAAUAUAUAAUAAAAUCAUCCAUUAGUUGAAGCUACUUCUUAUAGAGUGGAACAUGUGAGACAUUAUUGUUUAUUUGCUCUGUUAAUCCUUCGAAAUUCGACUGUAUGUGAAUGUUGACUAUUGGUGUCGGCCUUCCUUUCACAAAGCCCUUACACUCACACUCUAUUUCCUAGCAUGUACACCCAUAUCCACACCUUUGUCGUUUUUCUUUGAAUUAUCUGUCUUAAUGGAUAUUGUUCACAUACAAAGGAUGUCUCAUGAUAUCUUUCAUACUUUUUCUUGACGUAAUGCUGAAAUGUUUAUCACAUAUGUAUCUAAUUAAGAUCUUUUAUUUCUGGAAGUUUCAGCUCUCUAACUAUAACUAAUAUCCAUUUAAAAAAAAAGAGCCCUGAGUAUUUUUGUUUUUGAAUAACUUGAGAACAGGAACAGCUAACGAGCUGCAGUUUUCAUCAGUCUAAAGAAGAGAGAUUGGAACGUUUUUGUCUCCGAUAUUGCAUAAGAAGAAACUGUUUUAGAAUUCACUGUUUUUGUGGGUGUGGGUGUAGGUAUUAUAUGCUUGCACACCCACACCCUCAGUAUAUAAUAUUAGCAUUUUAGACUUGAUAAAACCUUUUUUUUAUCAAUCUGUUUGUGAUAUCAAGCAAACAAACAGAGACUCAAUGAUAGAGAAGUUUUAUUAUCUUCUAGCUACAGAUUAUGCCAAUACUGGCUAUUUACAUCUUAACAAGAAUGUAAAUUAUGAAGUACAAAUAAAAAAUAUCUAUCUUCAUUAUUUGAAAUAAUCAACAUUAAAAUGCAAUCGUAAAAAAACUAAUAUUUUCUUUUUCGCUCUGUUUAUUUUUAGUUUCUUCUCAACAUUAAAUACCAACAGAGUAUGUUUCAUAUAGGAAUACAUUUCUUCAUUGAUCUUCUAUGAAUAAUUUCAAAAUUAUAUGAAAAUACAAAAUAUAAUUUAUUUACUGUGUCCUCAUGUUCACUACACAAUAUUCCGGAGUGACUAUCUGAAAUGCUCAGAUACGAAUAAAGC